AUGGUUGCAAGAACUCCAACCAGAGGGCGUGGCGGCGGCGGCGGGUUUGGGGGAGGAAGAGGAGAUGGUGGAGGAAGAGGUGGAAGAGGCGGCGGUAGAGGAGGAUUUGGAGGACGGGGCGGCGGCGGAGGGAGUGCCAUGAAGAGAGGCGGUGGUAGAGGAGGCGGCGGGAGAGGUGGACGAGGUGGCAGAGGCGGAAGAGGUGGAGGAAUGAAGGGAGGAAGUAAGGUAGUGGUGGAGCCCCACAGACACGAGGGUGUUUUUAUUGCUAAGGGGAAAGAGGAUGCUCUCUGCACAAAGAAUAUGGUUCCUGGUGAAGCUGUUUAUAACGAGAAGAGGGUUUCUGUUCAGAAUGAAGAUGGAACAAAGGUUGAAUACAGAGUAUGGAAUCCUUUCCGUUCCAAGUUGGCUGCUGCAAUUCUUGGUGGAGUUGAUAAUAUUUGGAUUAAACCCGGCGCCCGUGUCCUUUACCUCGGUGCUGCGUCAGGGACAACUGUUUCUCAUGUGUCUGACCUUGUUGGCCCUGAUGGGGUGGUUUAUGCGGUUGAAUUUUCUCACAGAAGUGGUAGAGAUUUGGUGAAUAUGGCAAAGAAGCGGACUAAUGUUAUCCCAAUUAUUGAGGACGCGAGGCAUCCUGCAAAGUAUAGAAUGCUUGUGGGCAUGGUGGAUGUUAUAUUUUCUGAUGUUGCUCAGCCUGACCAGGCAAGAAUAUUGGCUCUAAAUGCAUCAUACUUCUUGAAAGCUGGAGGCCAUUUUGUGAUAUCCAUCAAGGCAAACUGCAUAGAUUCGACUGUGCCGGCAGAGGCCGUAUUUGCCCAGGAGGUGAAGAAGCUGCAGGCAGAACAGUUCAAACCAGCUGAACAGGUCACUCUUGAACCUUUUGAGCGAGACCAUGCUUGUGUUGUUGGUGGUUAUCGUAUGCCGAAGAAACAAAAGGCAGCAUCCUAGAGAAAGUUUGUUAUUGUUGUUGGGAUUUUUGCUUCACCCUCAAACUUGUUAUUCAGAUAUUUAUCAUGUGUAAUGUAAUAGUAAUCCUUGUGCACAAUUUUGAUUUUAUCAUCUUAAAUCUGUCGCUCCUCUAUGAGGAAUUAUGCAGUUAGUUCAUUGAAGGAUCACUAGAUGUUUUGACAUAUUCAGUUGCCCCAUUGUCAUUA